GCUGCUCUGUGGUAUUAACCCUCGCAUUUCCAUUGAGAGGUUCCCUCUCCGGUGGCAACAGAGCUGCCUCUUCUCGCCCAGCACGCACCUCUGAGCUCCUGGAAGACACCGAAGAGGGAGGCAGAGCUGCAGGGGGGGGGCAGGUCCUUCCAUCCUUGACCGGCCCCGGGCAGGCUGAAAGCUGCAGCCCCAGCUGAUCUGCGAAAAAAGAAGCGAAGCAGGCAGCUGCCGGCAGGGCAGACCUGGCCCAUCAAACAGCCCCUCUGGCCCGAGGCCACACAGCAGGCCAUGCCUCCAUGCCCCUCGGCGCCCGUGGGGGCCACUCCCAGGGCCCGGCCUCGGAGCAGCGGCCCCCGCCAGCUCCUGCCUUCCAUGCUGAUGUUUGGCGUGAUUGUGGCAUCAAGCAGCCUGCUCCUGAUGAUCGAGAAGGGCAUCCUGGCAGAGGUGAAGCCCCUGCCUCUGCACGCUGUCCACGGGGAGCUCCUAGCAAGGCGUGACGGCAGCGUCAGAGCAGCGAAGGAGGAGGAUGUAGAUGCGCAGGUGAUACGCGACAUUCGCAACCGGACCAUCCGCGCCGCGUGUGGGCAAGCGGGCACGCCUCGCAGUGUGUGGGAGCUCUCGGCGGCGCAGCGGCGAGUGGUGCUCAAGCACCUCCUGGUGAGCGACAAGCACCGCUUCCUGUACUGCUACGUGCCCAAGGUGGCCUGCUCCAACUGGAAGCGCAUUCUGAAGGUGCUGGGCGGCACCCUGGAGAACGUGAACACCCAGCUGAAGAUGGACCACCGGAGGGACCUGGUUUUCCUCGGCGACAUGAAGCCCGCCGAGAUCCGCUACCGCCUCAAGCACUACUUCAAGUUCAUCUUCGUCCGGGACCCGAUGGAGAGGCUGCUGUCCGCUUACAGAAAUAAAUUCGGGGAGAUCAAAGAAUACCAGUUAAGGUACGGCGUGGAAAUAGUGAAGCGGUACAGGAAAAGCCCUGGGCAAAGCAGCGCCGGAGACGACGUCACCUUCUCCGAAUUCAUCCAGUACCUCUUGGAUGAAGAAGUGGAGAGGAUGAAUGAGCACUGGAUGCCCAUCUACAACCUGUGCCAGCCUUGCGCGGUCAGGUACGAUUUCAUUGGCUCCUACGAAAGACUAAAUGAGGAUGCCAAUUACGUGCUAGGAAGGGUCCGGGCGCCUUCUUUUGUGCAGUUCCCAGAACGGCAAUCGUGGUAUAAUCCAGUGACGCCAGAAACUUUGCAUUAUUACCUGUGUAAGACUCCAAGGGGGCUUAUCAAAGAGUUAUUACCGAAGUACAUUCUGGAUUACUCUUUAUUUGCUUACCCACUUCCAAAUGUUAGCAGUCAAUUUUGCAGACAAUGAACAUUUUCCACUAUGAAGGAGGUGUCCUAUGCAAUUUCCCAAUUUUAUCCCCUUUUUAUAUAUUCAAAUUGCCUUGCUGUUUUGCUCUACAGGUUGCCUUUACAUUUUUUUUUAAAAAAGUAUUACCUUUUAUACAAAGUGUUUAUGGGCUGCUGACUUAAGCACAGUUUUUAAUGUGGUUUUUGUGUAUUUUAGGACCAAAGCAUUUUUUGUAUCAACUGCAGCAGUCACAUUUUAAGAACUGGAAUAGCAGGAGACAUGCAUAGAAUGAGGCUGUGUCAAGUAUUAUUUCCAUUAUUUUGUGUAAUAUAAAUGUAGCAUCCUCAUCUUCAAAACAUUUCUGCCCACAUACAUGAAGCAAUGAAGUCAAUUAACAUGCGGCUUGUGUUAUCUCAAGCACUUUACUUGACAGCUUCCACAAGUUGUACGAAACAGCAUUUGCAGAGUAUGCCUAUGCAUGUUUACUCAGAAGUAAGUCACACGGUGCAAGUUGGGAGAUGGUAUGACCUUGAAGGAUUGUAGCUUUCAAAGUGUCAAGUAUAGGGGAAAUGCAAAAUAUGGGGAAGCCUAUCUGCAUUACUGGGGGUUGGACUACAUGACCCUAGGGGUCCCCUUCCAACGCUACAGUUCUGUUUCUCUGAUAACAGUAAGUGCAUGUAUGCAAAUACACUCAAAUAAGUUGGCUCUCCAUACAGUUCAGAUAAUAGGAUUUCUAUUUUCCAUGGUGCAGUAGUUCGGUCGGUUGCCAUUAUAUUUUCUUCAUUUUCAUUAUGCUUUAUUUGCUAAGACUAGGGAAAUAGUUUUAAUAGCUUGGCUCAAAAAUUAGCUCCGGCAUAACUUUUAACCAUGUAGUUAGAAAGCCUAAUUUCUCCAUUCUUAUUACCUACAUGCAUUCACACAACUUUUUAUAUAAGCAUUAUGGUUAUUAAAUGUGAAAACAAUUGAAAUGGAUGCAUAGCUGCCAACCCUCCCUUUUUGCGGGAAACUCCCUUAUUCCAAGCCACAGCUGUCAACUUUCCCUUUUUUUGCUGGAAAUUCCCUUAUUCCAGUGCCGUUUCCCGCUGCUAUCCUGGAUUAGAUAUACCAAGACCAGGCAUCCCCAAACUUCGGCCCUCCAGAUGUUUUGGACUACAUUUCCCAUCUUCCCUGACCACUGGUCCUGUUAGCGAGGGAUCAUGGGAGUUGUAGGCCAAAACAUCUGGAGGGCCGCAGUUUGGGGAUGCCUGCCGUAGACUGUCCCCGGGACAGGUGAGGCUGCUGAUCCCUUAUUUUCAAAUCCAGAAGUUGACAGCUAUAAAUGGAUGGCUCAUGGAUGUUUAUUUUGUACCUGCUUUUUAAAUAGUUUGUAUGUAUUUUUUAAAAAAACAAAACAAAACGAUGCUGAGGACAAUCGUAGUUGUGAUCCAGAAUCGACGUUCAAACUGAGUGCUGGGUACGACUAUUUUAUAUUUUGGCGAUGAUUCAUGUUCUUAUACAGCUGCAUUGUUUUAUACUUUCUGUAUAUCCCAUGGUCAUGUUACAUGGUAGUUGUAUUCUAUGUUAUAAACCAGCACUGCUAAGAGUUGUCUCUUU